GAAGAGCUGAGUGUUACUGUUAGUUCUUUCAAUCAAGCGCCAUUCUAAGCAAAUCAGAGCUGGAAUGAAGAGGGGAUGAAAAGUAAUCAUGCCUAGUAUGUGGACCAUGGGGAGGCGCGAGCCUCAUUAUGACAGGCUUGGACAGGGUGUUGAGCUGAGACCUGCAGAACACUCCACCUCACUCUUUGAUGAAACUGACGAUGACCUGCCGUCUGACAUAUCUCGCUUUUCUGAACGAUCUUCCAAUACUGCCAGAGCAAUUACUUGCCUUGACACCCAGUUUACUGACGGAGACCUGACACCAUGUCAGCUCGCCAAACACGAUGGCAGAGGGACAACAGUGUGUCUGCUGAUAUCGUCUGUGAUCAUGCUACUGUCAGUCAGCUCUUUCUCUCUUGUCUUGGGUGGCUACAGUGUCUUCAUAUUUAAACCUGCACCAGUGAUCGACAAGUCUGUGGAUGCUUUUUCCAUUCCUAAUCAUAAGGCAUCAAGAGGCUAUCAUGCUUUGAAUGAGGCAAAGUAUGCGCGAAUGUAUCAUCACACACCAAAGCGCAGUGUAAGAAGUGUUCAUGUUGACACUGAGCAAUCCGGAAGCCUGCUCAGCUUUGGACAUACGCAUGUGUCUGCGCCAAGAGACAAGGGCAAUUCUAUGGGCAAUAGCCCUGGUGAUACGUUUUUCAAGAAGCAUUUUGGUAACUUGGAGCGAAGCUCUGAUGACAGUUUGUCUGGUGCUGUGCACAGAUUGGUGCGGCGUAGUUUAUACAGAGUGUGUAUGGUCACCCAGACAUGUGUGCGCUGGAAGCUACAAGUCAUUUUCAUGGCUGUUGGAGAUGAAGAACCUGGUAACAUGUUCACCCCUGAAAGACUAGAAACUGUUCACAGAAUUGAAGAGCAAAUCAUUAACCACCCAGAUUAUGCUAACUACUGCUGGAAGAACACAGGAAGCAUGGAUGUAGCACAAGUUGAUCAUUACCAAGGUUGUGCUCCCCUUAACUCCUUGCUAACAUACUUCUACCCAUCUGUGCUGCCGGACGGGAAAGUUGUGUACGACGGGCGGGGAACAAACAUGGCCAAUAUAAAUAGCUCUCUUGACAAGGCCAUGAGCCAUAAACAGUUCUAUUACUUUGUGGAUGAGACCAUAAACAACACCUAUCACAAAACUAAGCUCUUGAGAACAGAGGUGUUGUUUGGAACACCGCUUAAAGGUUACCAAAGCUCUGUGGAUCGAAAAGGCAGUCAGGAGAAGGCUUUCAAGGACUUUAUUGUAUCCUACAUCAAUACGCUGUCAGCAGCUUCUACCAAUAAAGUGAAGGUGCUCUAUGGUGGCAAUGAGAUGUUUGAUUACGAGGUAGAGACGACCUUUUGGAGUGACCUCUGGCUGGCCCGAUUUGCGCUCAUUUUCAUUGGUCUCUUCAUCUUUGUCCUGACCUCCUUUUCUCUGUGGCUAACAUUUUGGGCGCUGGUGUCAAUUGGGCUGAGUUUUCCCAUAGCCAUUUUCCUGUACAGAGUGGCCUUCAAUAUCCAGGCGCUGGGAAUUCUCAAUGGAGCAGCUGCUUUUGUUGUCAUUGGAAUAGGAGUGGAUGAUGUUUUUGUAUUUGUGAACACUUUUCGUCAGGCAGAACACAUGGACAAGAUCAAGGGGAGACUACUCUACACUGUAAAGACAGCUGGAAAAGCUACCUUUUUUACCUCCUUCACAACAGCAGCUGCAUUUGCUGCAAAUAUUGCAUCUGUGAUUCCUGCUCUCCAUGAGUUUGGCCUGUUUAUGGCUCUCAUCGUGGCCUGCUGCUGGCUCUGUGUUAUUCUUCUACUCCCUCCAGUCUUGUAUUUCUGGUAUAUCAUCUUUGCCUGGCUGGAAGGCCUCUGCUUCAGGUCUUUGAAAUAUGUAUUUUACAAAUUGGUUUUACGGAAAGAUGUGAACACUCUGCAUGUGUACUAUAAAUCUGGGUCAGACGAGAUUUUAACGGAGAGUCCAGGAGCAGAACGAUCCACCCACUCAGCAAAUGAGCAUGAUGAUGAUGAUGAUGUUCCUAUGUUACAGCUAGAGGAUGAGGGCCUUGCUGGUCUGUACUUUGUCCUGCUGGUUGUAUCUGUGGGAUUAAUGACACAAAUCAAGAUGUCCAGCAAACCUCCGCAGCUGUUUAAUAGUACCAAUCUACAGAUGAUGCUGGACCUCAAGGCCAACCUCAGUAUUGACAAGUUCUCCUGCCCAACAUGCUCUGGCUUUUUUCAGUCAGACCACCAGACUGAUGGUGCUACCAACAACCCUGUUCCACAUCUCCCACCUAAUGUACAUAUUCCUGACAAGUGGAAAAACAUGUCUAUUCCUGACAAGUGGAAAAACAUGUCUCUUCCUCACAGAGUUUUCCCACCUAAAACUGGCUAUCCCUACAAGGGGAAAACAACCAAAGAACCAGUGAAGAGUUACAGCACAAAGGGAAGUAAGCCAAAUGAGGACACGACCACUGCCAUGCCAAGGCCAACUAAGGCUAGCCCACCUCACCCUUGGCCAACACCUCCUCCUCAUAUUCAGGUGACUGGAGCCCCGCAACCCACCAUGGCAGUACGCACACAGGAGAGAAUUACCACUACUAGACCAACAAGAAGAACAGCUGCUACAACUGAGAGUGGAGAAUCUGUGACUCAUGCCAAAGUUAGCUCCCUUCCCAAAGGUUUCGAGGUGUGCCGUGGGGCCAGUUGUGGGAAGGCUGAGGAAAGGCCGGUGAUGGAAUCAAGAGCUAUUGUCUACGUUGUCUUUGGUAUAAAAGAUCUGGACCGUUCAAACCUCACCAGUGAUCACGUCAUCAAUGAUAAUUACGGAACGGUUAUCUAUGAUGAGAAUUUUGGCAAACACUUCUCCAUUGGCGCAUCAAAGCUCAGUGAGGAUUUGCGAGAACUCUGUACUGUGUGCAAGAAGAUUGCAGCAAAUACUCGCCUUGUUGUCAAUGGCAGUGCCCAAUGUCUGCCCACAGCCAUGGAGCAGCAAUUUGGCCGUUUCCUGCAGCGGUUUAAGGAGUGUGAUAACCUGCCGCGUGACUUGAGGUUGUACAACCAGAGAGCUCCAGGCCAUGCAGAGGCCAGGUUCACUGACGAUUUCACCGGCAUCAAGUGGAUGGCCUUUGCGUUUGAAUCGACCACGUCUAAAGGGCAGUCAUACUUUAAGGCCUAUGAUGAGUACCUGGAGUGGGAGAAGUUCAUGACUUCUGUAAAGGAGAGCCUGAGGAAGAACUCUCCACUGGACACGGUGUAUCAGACAUCUGAGUUCUGGACAAAGGUGCUGAUGGAGGUGGUAUGUGUGAGCAGUGCCAUCUAUGGUGUUGUCCUCUCAGUGAUCAUCUGUGUUAUUGCUGUGGCUGUGUUUACUGGACACAUAGUCCUCCUCUUGAUAGUUCUCCUCACUAUUGGAGGUAUAAUCUGCAUGGUAGUGGCCCUGUUUUUCGUGGCUGGCUGGGAGAUGGGGGCUGUGGAAGCCGUGUCGCUCUCCAUCCUUGUGGGCUCUUCUGUGGACUACUGCGUCCACGUCGUGGAGGGAUACCUCCUAGCUGGGGAAUCCCCUGAGCUACAGGCCAUUGAGAGCUCUUCCAAACAGCGACAGUGGCGUGUCAUGCAGGCCAUUCAGCAUAUAGGCGUGUCCAUUGUCAGCAGUGCGGUAACCACGGUAGCGGCGGCCAUUCCUCUCACACAGACCACUAUUCGGCCGUUUUCACGCUUUGGGGACAUCGUUGCCAUGAACACGACUUUUGCCAUUGUCUAUGCUCUGACAGCCUGCACUGCCUUCCUGGCUCUCUUUGGCCCUGCCCGAUUCCGGGGCUCCUGGAAGUCUAGCGGUAUAUCUGUCCUGAUUACUUCAGCUUGUGUGGGGGUGACCUUGUUAACACUGUUUAUUCUAUCUCGGGCAGGCGUCAAUAUCCCAAGCCCUAAUGGGAGUGCCCUAUUCCCAAAGUAGAGGUGCAAUGUUUUCUUUUCAAUUAUUGGACUUGAACUUGAUGAUUGCAGCAUUAAGGGUACUUUAUCAUUAGCAAGAGAGGUAAUUCUUGUACCAGAGCAAACAUGAAAGCCAGAUGUCUCAUGGAAUAAGAGUCGGUCUUUCCAUGACAGCUCAGACAUGUUCCUAGUCUUUGAGAGUUCAGGGGCAGCUUGCACAAAGCGAUUUAGGCUAAGUUGAUUGCAGCUACCAUGGCGACACAUGCUAAAAGCAUAUGUUGCCAUGGUAGUUGCUGUCAGCUUGCUUUGUUCACUAGGGUCCAGGGCAUUAGUUAGUGGAUAAAGACCUUUUGUGUAACAUAUUACCCCUAGGGCUACUAACGUAAUUCCAUGGCAUUGGUGAUAUUUUCAGUGCAGUUUGUUAAGUUGCUUAUAUUGCUUAGUUAAGGACAUUUUCAAACAUCUGUAAAAUGAUACUAAAUCCUGUCAAACGUGCCUCCUCAAUUGCUUUGAUUUCUGUAUCCUAUGUGUAUCUUCUGCUAUGUCCUCAUUUUCAACACCAUUUGGCAUCUUAGAACGGCUUAAUACAUGUACCCGGUAUUAAUUAUCUUAUUAUGUUCAGUUAUGGAAAUAUAUGUACAAGUAAAAAUUAUAAAUUUAAAAUGUAACUUGUGGAUGCUUUAUCCUGAGCUUUGCUCACGUGGCUUUAAACUGCCGAGAUGUUUGACAUCUGUGUUGUCUGUGAAGCAUACUAAAACAUAUCACAACAGAGUGAUACAGCUGUGCUACUGUUUGUCCCCUCACCCCCACCCACACA